CUUUUCCAAAAGUCAUCUAAUCUCUGCGUGCUUGUCUGAAAAACCGAGUCUUUCUAUCACGAGCGGAGUUCUGAAUCUCAAUAAGUGUAGUUGAAAGUUAUUUCUUUCGAUUUUCUUCAGUCCCAGUGGCCAAGAAAGGAAUGCAAUAAUGAGGAAGCCGAAUGUAUCUGAGAAUCUGGCCAUCGAAUUGGCGUUCCGCAUCUACGGCCUGAAGGUGAUUACCAUCAAGAAAAUGGUCAGCUAUGAUGACCAAAACUUUCGUAUUUGUGUUUCAAAAGAGCAUCGUAAUCCUUACAUUGAGAGUAUAGCAGAAGAAGGAUACACCCUCAAAAUAACAAACACUACCAGAAGUGCUGAACCAGACCACUUUGACAUUAUGCAUGCAACGAUGAACCAUUUGAACCUGAAAGGGUUACGUGUUCCAGUACCUGUAAAGAACUUGGAUGGAAGUACUUGGAAAAUGGAAGUAGUUCCUCUUUUGAAUGAAGUUGAAAGCAAUUUUCCCGACGAAAGGAAAUGUGGUAUUCAUCUCCUAACCUUCAUUUCUGGAGUACCAAUAUCCACUGUAACUUACACAAGUGACUUGCUUUUUCAAUGGGGAGCAUUACUAGCAAGAUAUCACGACGCUAUUCAGGACUUCAAAUGCGAAGCACUGUUUAAAAAGAAAGUUUUCUGGAAUCUGGAACAUGUACCAGAAAUUGAAAAUUUCAUGGAUGGUUUGGAGGAACAAAAGAAGAAUCUAGUGCUCAGUGUUCUGAAAAAAUAUCCUGAAGAAAUAACAGAGAAUAUUGCAAAUGCUCCUAAAUGUUUCAUACACGGUGACUUCAAUGAAAAUAAUAUUUUGGUGCAGAUGAUAAAAAAUGAGUCUUCGGAUUGCACUUCUUACUCCGUAGAUGGUAUUCUGGAUUUUGAAGACAUUCAUUACAGCACUUAUGCCUGGGAUAUCGGAGUGAUGUUAGCUUACGCGAUGUUGGACUGCAAGAUCGUCGACCCGCUAGAAGGAACCGGACAUGCAUUAGCAGGCUAUUUAAGCAUUAGGUCCCUAAGUGGUUUAGAAUUAUCAUUGCUCAGGAUGUGCAUUGCUUGUCGAUUGUGCCAAUCUUUAGUCCUAGGAGCUUACAGUUACAAGCAAGAUCCGGGAAACUCAUAUAUCAUCAUUUCUGCAAGAUCAGGAUGGAAUAGACUAGAGCAAAUAUGUAAUAUAAGCAACGAAGACCUUUUAAAUGUAUGGAAGAAGAUACAGCAACAAUAUAAUAAUUAAGAUAAUAUAUAAAAUUGUAAAGGUAAAAUCCCAUGACCUGUAACCUUAUAAAAAUCAUUCAUAAGGCAAUUAUGACAAUAGCCUAUUUUGUAUUCAAAAGAUUUGAUGUCAAUAUAUUUUUUUGCGAAUGCCUAAGUGAGCAAAGGAAUAAUAAUGUAUUAUAAGAUAUGCUUUGAUCAAAUACCAUAUUUUGCUGAUAUAGAAUUUUAAGAAAUAAUUAUGUUUUUAAUUAUUACCCGAGAAUAGCUAUCGUCGAAAAAUAAAGAAAUUUUUACUUUUUCA